CAAGAAUCUAGGCUGUGUGGAUCCACUCAUGGGGCAAUUCAAGAGCUACAAGAUUCUGACUGUGGGGUUGGUCUUUCUGGUUUUGGAGGGCAAGUAAGAGAUUGCCCCCAAACAACCACAUAAGCAAAAAGGCUCUGCACACAACGUCUCCACAGCUGCACAAAUGGAGCUCCCCUGUCAUUGGCUUUCACUUUUACAUGCUCAAGCGCCUGUAGACACAAGCUCCAGUGCCUGCAGACACUGGCUGAAGCUGGAGCAGAAUUGCAGACAGCUGGAAAAGGUGUUCUGCCUCAUGAUGCCUUGGCUUGAGUCCAUGAUCCAUUGGCUCCCACAACCCAAUACUGUCCCUGAGUAUGUCUCAAAAUCCAUCGACUGGGACUCUCUGCCUCAAGAACUCCCCAACCUGACCAGCCUUCUAUACUGGCCUCCAACUGGUGGAGACAGGGAUGAUUUUUUGGCCUCUACCAGCCCCAGAACCAGCACAUACUACUUGAAGGGUCCAGCCCAUACCACCUUUCCUCUGGGAAGUAACUUAGAGGCCAUCCUUGUGGCUAGGGAUCACCGGGGUAGACCUAAAGUUCACGGUGGAGAUCUAUUUCGGGCACAGCUGCUGGGCCCAGAAUUGAGAGCAGGAGUCCCAGGGGAGGUGAAGGAUCUGGAGAAUGGCACUUACAUCUUGUCCUUCCCCCUGCUCUGGGCUGGAUGGGCCCAGGUGCAAGUGCGGCUGAUCCACUCCAGUGAGGCAGUUGGGGUCCUGCAAAGAGUCUGGAGAGAAAAACGAGCCACUGUUGAUUUUAGAGGGUAUUUCCGAGGAACAGAUGGCCCUCUAGAGACUGUCAUCUGUAACGUGGACCCCCAGUCAACUGGAGCCAAAGGGCCUACCUGCCAGUACAAGGAUGUGGUUUCUGGAGAGAUCUGGUUCUGUGCUCAACCCUCUACUUUGCCCUGCAAUGCUCUAGUGGGUCACUCACAUGGAAGUUAUCUGAAGGUGACCACGUCACAUGAUGAAGACCUGCUGGCUGGGAAUGUGACUGACCAGAAACUCCCUUCAGGUGUUCCUCCAAUCCUGGUCCUACCAGCCGCCCAGGGGAACAUGAGUAAGAUGGCCUNGCCCUCAAGGCCUCCAUGCCGCCCGGGCCACCCGUCUCCAAAACCCUCUGGCUUCUACCACCAAGACAGAUGGCACUCAACAUUCUGUUCUAGCCNCUCUUUCCCCACUGUGGACAGCAUCCUGAACUGCCUGGCUGGCCGCAUUGUCUACAUGAUAGGGGAUUCCACNCUUCGGCAGUGGUGGGAGUAUCUGCGAGACACAGUGCCCUCUCUGAAGCCAGUUGAUCUACAUGUCACUUAUCAGGUAGGUCCCCUGAUGGCCGUGGAGACAACUCGGGGGAUAGUGUUGCACUGGAGGGCCCACGGCUGGCCCCUGCGUUCUCUCCGCACCCCAGUGGCCUCCCUGCACUCUGUGGCCAGAGAACUACAUGGCCUGGCUGGGGGACCCUACACAGUGGUGGUGCUGGGCAUGGGAGCCCACUUUACCACUUUCCCUCCCUCCAUCUUUGCCCGAAGACUGGUAGGGAUUCGGGCAGCUGUGAAGACCCUGUUGAACCAGGAACCCAGUACUCUGGUCAUCAUCAAACUGGCCAAUACUGGCUACAAAUCCGUGUAUGGCAGUGACUGGCUCACACUCCAGGUGAACCGCUUGCUCCGAGCUGCCUUUGUUGGUCUCCGAGUGGCCUUUGUGGAUGCAUGGGAAAUGACCUCCACCUUGGAUGUGCCAGACAACAUCCAUCCAAGGAAGCUGAUUGUCCGCAAUGAAGUGGAAUUAUUUCUGUCUUUCAUCUGUUCCACCUGAGUGCUUCUGAGGGAUCUGAGGCUGAAUGGAUGGAGAGCCUGGGUAUUGCCACCAAAAAAAAAAAAAAAAAAAAAAGGACUCCCAACGACUGAAGCUGAAGCUACCCCUGGCUCACCCACUACGACACUUGGUUCCAUAUUUUAUACUUCUCUCUAUGCACCACAUGGACAAUCUAGUUUUAUAUUAGGAGACUAUGUUUUGCAUAUAUGUACAUGUGUCCAUUCCCAUGUGCACACAGAGGCCAGAGUAGAUCUUAGGGCAUCCUGUUCUAUCAUUGUCUUCUUUGUUCUUUGAGAAAGGGUCUCUCGACUCUAGACCUAGGCUGGCAGCCAGGAAGUUUCGAACAUCCUUCUUCUUUGUGUCCACAGUUCUGGGGUUACAGGCACAAAGUUCAUAUCAGAUCUUUAAAUGUGGUGCUGGGAACUCAAACCCUCAUGUUUACACCCUUACCCACUGAACUAUCUCCCAAACCCCUCUCUUGAAUUUUUUUAAAGACAGUUUUUAGCUGGGUGGUGGAGCCACAUACCCCCAAUCCCAGCACUUGGGAGGCAGAGGCAGAAGUAGCUCUGAAAGUUUCUGCCUGGUCCACAGAGUGAGUUCCAAGACAGCCAGGGCUACACAGAGAAAUGCUGCUUUGAAAAACCAGCCUACUGCACCAGCUGAUGUGAGGCUCCUAACACACAUACAGCAGAGCACUGCCAGGUCUGGGUUGUCGGAGACCCUCAAGAGACUGGAGGCCCCAGGGAGUGGAGAGGUUUGGUGGGGUAGGGGUGGGGAGGUGGGGACAUCCUUGUGGAGACAGGGGGUGGGGAGGAGGUAUGGGAUGGGGAACAGUCAGAGGGUGGACCAGGAGGGGUAUAAAAUCUGGAGUGUAAAAAAAAAAAGAUAAAAUUUAAAAAAUCGGAUUCUGUUUAUGAAAAAAAGAAAAACCAGAAUGGAAAAAGUAGAAUAGAGAGCAUCCUAGGUCAAGAGAGACAAACAGAACCCCUCCCCCUGGCCCAGGGAACUGCUAGUAUCUGUUAGUCUAAGUACCUCUCAUCAAGCUAAAUGCUUAGAUUCAAAAUAAGUAAAUUACUGGGGCUAGAGAGCUGGAUCCAUGGUUUUCAGAGAACAUAGGUUUGAUUCCCAGCAAUAUUGUGACGGCUCACAACAAUCUGUAACUCCAAUUACAGAGAAGCUAAUCCCUUCUUCCUACCUCCAGGCCUUGCAUACAGGAGGAGCACAUAAAUACACACAAAAUGUGCAUGCACAUACAGUCAAGUUAAUAGAUCCAUUUUCCCCCGAAUUACCCAUGUUCACGCUUGCCUGCAGACAUGGAGGCUGAAGAGAUGGCUUGGUGCUGUGAGUGUCUGCUGCUCUUGCAGAGUUCUCCAGUUAGAUGAGUAGCUUACAACUCCCUGUAACUCUUGUUCCCAUGGAAACAAUGACCUCUUCUGGCCAUCACGGGCACCUGCACGCAGGUGGCAUAUACUCACACAGAGACACAAAGCCACACAA